AUGGCCCUCCAGCAAAUCUACAAAAUUAUUCCGGGCUAUCUCUUUUUGGAACUGUUCUUCCUGCUGUGUCUCUCCAUCGCCCUGGCGUCCACCUUCUGUCUUUACCUAUGGGAUCUGAACCAUGACAGUAUUUUGAAUUCUGGCGGACGACGAGGCCGGUCGAAACAGUCGACUACCGCCAUUGUGGAGACUACAGAACCAGCUGCUGCAGCGUCUUCUAGUGACGCCUAA